CCUAGUACAAGAGCAGUGCUAUGUAGUCCCCGGUGAACUUGUGACAGUACCCCUCCAUCAUUCCCUCCGUUACUACCUCCAUCCAGACCGUUCCACCAGGGCUUCCAUACCUGACGUUACCCACGUGCUGCAGAGAAUGAGCAUUCGGCGAAGCAAUAUGCGUUCAUGUUUUUUUGUGUAGCUGAUCACAGUUUCUGUACUGUGGGACAGCACACAGACCAUGAAAGCUCAGAGAGUAAAGCCCUGUGAAAUAUGUACCCAACCUUUACAGUAUUUUUGCAAGCUUUGCAAAAUUGGUAUUUGUGCCGAAUGUGUAGCAGAGCAUUUAAAGCAGGAAAAUUUACAUUGCAUAGUUAAUUUCAAACAGAGGAGGGAUGAAAACAAAAAAUGGAUCAAUAGUUGCAGCAAUCAUGAAGAAAUUGAGGGGAUUUUUUACUGCAAAACAUGUCGACAAUAUGCCUGUGAAGAAUGUGGACUUAACCAUCAUAUGCAUGUUAUUAAAACUCUCCCCAAUUAUAUUAAAGCUACAAUUAAUCAUCUUCAAAAGGAAAACGAGGUGCUUUUAAAGGAUAUCAAACCUUAUUAUGAAGAUAUUGUGAAACAGCUGCGAGAUGAACUCAACACACCUAAAUACUCUGAAGUAAAACGCGCUAUUUUAGAAACAGCAAAAAAAUGGCAUUGUGUUAUUAUAAAACUUGCUGAUAAAUUGUUGCAUCAGUUGCAAAAUGUGAAAGAUGAGCAAUCACUGUUACUUAAUAAACACAUAGCAAAUUUCAACGGUAGAAUGAUACAAAUAGAUCAAAUUGUACUUGAAAACUCCAAUAUUUUGAAAGAUCCUUUCCGAUUGCAAGAUCCAAGGAAAAUUUCGUUUGCUUCUAGAAAGGUAGAAACUUUACGAUCAGUCCCGAAAAUUGGAACUAUUUAUCAGCCAGCAUAUUGCGAAGAAAAUAUUGAUAUUAAUAUGACAAUUUCAUUUGGAAGGAUAGGAUUGGCGCCUUCAAAAGCGUUCGAUGAUUACAAUAUUAAAUCAUGUGAUUAUCUUAAUUCACCAAACAGUACCUGUAUUUUACGUAAAGUACCUUCCACUACAAAUGGGAUGGCAAUUGUUUGUCUAAGCCCCACCCGCUGUGUAUCCGUGGACCGUUCUGGAAUGCUUCAAGAAUAUGAUCUUAGUUUGAAUAGUUUUUCGCAUGGAAAAUAUCUUCUGCAUUCUCCACCUAAACGAUUUUCUAUUUCAAAUACUGGAGACUUGUUUUACAUUGAUUGGACCAGCAACAAAAUCUUCCGUUGUAAAGGGAGUCAGAGCGUAGCCUUCAUGACUGAAAAAGAAGAGUGGAGAGUCGAAGAUUUGGCAUGUGUACUUUCCAAUGAAGUCAUAACUUGCUCAUAUUGCGAAAAAGAAAAGCGAGGUAAAAUUGUGAAGUAUGAUAUGCAAGGUAUGGAAAGGAUGUCGACAGAAUUUUACGAUAUCGAUUUCCGUAAAAUCAAACUUUUUCAUAACCCCCAACAGAUUGUAGAAAAUAGAAAUAAAGACAUUUGUGUCAUUGAUCAUCGACAAAAUGCAUGUGGAAAGGUUGUAGUUACAGACUCGGAAGGAAAAUUCAGGUUUGCUUACAAUGGUGUUGGAGGGCAUAAUAUUCAAAGUUUUUUACCCACAGGAAUUGCAACCGAUAGCCGGAGCAAUAUUUUGAUAUCAGACAGUAAAAACAAUACCAUUCAUCUGCUUGAUAGUGACGGUACAUUCUUUAGGUAUUUACUUACUGGUGAUAUAACACUUCCAGCGGCCAUAUCUGUGGAUAGUGAGGACAAGAUAUGGAUAACAGAAUGGAAAUCCGGGGAUUUGAUUAUAGCUGCAGCACAUACCUAAAACGGAUGUGAUGGAAAAGGGCUUCCUUUAGCGAGAAAAUAUCUUGGUCUGAGGGUACAUUCUUUAAGUAAUGCUGUCGAUAUUACAAUUUUAGCUGCCAUUGUUGCGGGGGUAUAUUAAAAGCAAUUUCAAGCACUUAGCCCUCGGGUUAGUUGCAGCAAUAAAAUCACUAUCCCAAGUAAAGAGUUACUAGCCCAAAUGCAGAAAGGAAACGAUAA